GGGUGCCCUCUGCUAACCAAAUGUUGCGGGCUGGCGUGCUGGUACGUCUCGUGCUCCUGUUGUUUUGCUGCGCCGCCGUCGACUCACUGCGAGUGGCUGCGGCUGCGGCGCCAAGGCGGUCCGUGGCCAGAGCGUCAGAUCAGGCGAUGGCGACGGCGGUAGCGAAGGCGGCAGCAGCAACAGCCGAGAGGUCCGUCGCCGUCCCAGUCUUCCCCGAGGUGUGUGAGUACACUGGCAUCACGCUGACGCGGUACAUGUGCGAGAUCGCACGCGCCAACCCGGGCCUGAAUGACCUGGAGACGCUCAUCUCGUCGAUCCAGACGGCGUGCAAGACCAUCAACUCCCUCGUCACACGGGCGCACAUCACGGGCAUCGUGGGGUACGCCGACGGCGGCGGGUCGAUCAACGUGCAGGGAGAGGAGCAGAAGACGCUCGACGUGCUCACCAACGACGUGCUCAAGAGGGCGCUCCGCUUCACGGGCAAGAUGGGCGUGAUCGCGUCUGAGGAGGAGGAGGCGCCCGUCGACGUACUCGAGGACGAGGGCGUUGGCCAGUACUCGGACGAGGCAGGUGACGCGAUCAUCGACGAGGCGGGCAGGUACACGGCUGUCUUUGAUCCGCUCGACGGCUCUUCCAACGUGGACGCCGGCAUUCCGACGGGCACCAUCUUCGGCAUCUUCGACAUGAGCGCCGCCGAGUGCGUGCUGCCGGAGGUGCAGGAGGGGUGCGAUGACCUGUACAGCCCGGCGGUGGAGGACGACUGCGAGGGAGCCGUCUCUGAGGAGUGCAUGGCAGCGACACUGCAGCCGGGCUCGUCGCUCGUCGCGUCGGGCUACUGCCUCUACUCCUCCUCCACCUUCUUCGCCCUCACGCUCGGCGCCGGCGUGCAGAUCUUCACGCUUGACCCGCACAUCGGCGAGUUUGUCCCCACGCACCCGAACGUGGCGGUGCCGCAGCGAGGCGCGAUCUACUCGCUCAACGAGGCGAACCGCAAGGCGUGGGACGCGCCGCUGCGGACGUACAUCGAGGACCUGCAGGACGGCAACGGAGAGAGCGGCGAGCGCUACACCGCGAGGUACAUUGGGUCGAUGGUUGGCGACGUGCACCGGACGCUGCUCUACGGAGGCAUCUUUGGCUACCCCGCAGACUCAAAGAAUGCAAACGGCAAGCUUCGCCUGCUGUACGAGGCGGCGCCGAUGGCAUUCCUGGUCGAGCAGGCGGGAGGCCUCGCCUUGACCGGCAAGACGCGCAUCAUGGACCUGGUCCCGCAGAGCGUGCACCAGCGGGUGCCUGUGCUGCUCGGCUCUCCGGACGACGUGCGCGAGAUGAGGAAGUACUACGACGCUUUCACGGGCUCCAAGGAGAUGGAGGGGGAGGAGGCGCGCCGGAUCCGCGAGCGCUGCUUCACGCGGCUGACGCCGGGCCAGCUGCUCGACACCACAAUGGACAAGGUGCCCGACUCAGUGGCCAUUGACUCGACGGGCGACGGCACCGUCGACUCGGUGGUGCCGAUCGACGAGGCCCCUCCCGGCUCGCUGCCGGACGACGUGGAGGUGUGAGACCAACUCCCUGUCGGGCCGCCCCGUGGGGGGGCCGCGCGGGUCCCAACGAGCGAGCCGGAUUGUGCACACUGAUCACUGUGUACGCGCGCGUGCAUCGUGGAGAGUGGCCGCGCCUGUUUGAAUCUACAACAAGUAUGUAGUACAC